AUACACUGAUGGCGACAAUGUCACUGUGAUGUUACAUUGCCAGUGCGGCGAUAAUGAUGGUGGUGAUGAUGGUUCUCUCCGUAAUUGGUGCGACGGCAAAGGGGAUGAAGAAGACGGUGGGGAACACUAUGAAUCACCGAAGGUUGAGCAUACGAGAAGAAGAUGAGGAGUCUUGGGUAUGGUGGUGAUGAUGGGGAUAUGCUUUCUGGUUGCCUCUCUCUCUCGUUCACCGCGGAGCACUGUUGCGUCAGGUUUGAGUACUCGAAAUUUGCUGACAGUACGCCUAACCCUCGUCCCCAUUUUAUUAUUACCCUCGUACUGAACCCUGACCACAGCACACUUCUCUGUCUGUCUGUUAAGCUUGUUAGAAGACAAUCUGACGGGUUUGAACGAGGAAGAGGGACGGGGAUGUUUGUUCUUUUCAAAUUUGCCCCCAGUGGUUUCUGCCAGUGGUGGUGAUGAUUGUUAGAAAGUGGCAGAAACGACAGGAAGCUGGUCAGAAUGAGGUGAGGAGGAGAAAAGGGGAAAUCUGCUGCUGCUUGCGGUACUUGUGUUUUCCCGUUUGCUCGUAGUUGUGUUGGUUGGUGUUACUUCUUUUCCGUUGUUAUGUUUUCCUUGCCUCUGCUUCUCGUUACCUGGUUGUCUUUUUUUGUGCUGGCUCCUCCUGCAUAGUACUCGCUGUGAUGUCAUGGAAAGCAGAUGGGACUGACUGGGUUUCAAUGCAGCCAGCCAGGCGGUGACAUAAUACAAAGCAGCAGCCCAUCAUGAGUCGUUCAAGCAGGACGAUUUACGUCGGCAAUCUUCCAGGAGACAUCAAGGAGCGCGAAAUAGAAGAUCUGUUCUACAAGUACGGUCGCAUCAUCGACAUUGAUCUCAAGCUCCCGCCGCGGCCACCUGGAUACGCAUUCAUCGAGUUUGAGGAUGCCCGUGAUGCCGAAGAUGCCAUCAGGGGACGUGAUGGAUAUAACUUCGAUGGCAACCGACUGCGG